ACACUCCUCAGAUUUAUGUGGAUGACCGAACCAUCAUUUACAGCGUGGACAUAUAAGAGGAGAGCGUGACAAGGUGGCUGUAGCAUACAUGAGUUGCACAAACACUUGAUCAGGCUACUACAUCAAUUAUCACCACAAUGAAUUUGGCCGCUCUUUCCGUCUCUGUUCAUUUUUUUUAUGUAAGAUGAUAUUCAUGUGGGUGCACUGUGCGGAAACCUACUCACUCGACCAGUGCUCCCACUCACUCACUCACUCACUCACUCACUCACUGUGCAAAUCCAGCAUUCAGUGUGCACGCAUGCACACGCACAGUGUGAGCAGAUUUCUGUCUUUCAUUCAUCCUGGUGAAGGUUGCUCACACUUUCUUCUUCUUCUCUUCCUCCCUCCUUCCUCCUCCACGUCGGAAUAAGCUCACUUUGUUGUUUUUUUCCCUCCCCUCCGCAGUGCCUUUCGGUCGGAGUAGUAGUGGAUGAUAUCAACAGAGCUUCGUCCGUUUCUUCUUUUUACGGAGCAGAGAGGAGUCGCUAGAGGACACGCGCAUCACGACGGAGAAGAAGCAGCGCGAGGGAGUUUUUUUUGUUGUUGUUGUUAUUCUUGGAGGGGACGACGUGAUUAAAAAAAAUAAAAUAAAGAAAGAAAAUAUCUGUUUUGAUCAGCAGCGUUGCUGCCAAGACUCCACUUGAGGGAUUUUACUGCACAGGUGCGUUAAAGGAUUAAAAACCGGGCAGUUGGCGGAUGGUUGUCGGUUUCGUGGAGAGGAGUCAGUGCCUCUGCGCAAAGUCUCAGAUGAAGAUGAAGUCGGCGGGCGUCGUGGAUGGAGGCUUGUUCACAGAGAGCUAUUGUAACAUCUGCAAUGCCCAGCUCAUCUCCGAGUCCCAGCGCACCGCUCACUAUGAGAGUAAGAAACAUGCCAACAAGGUACGUCUGUUCUACAUGCUUCACCCUGAAGAUGGAGGACCUCCUUCCAAGAGACUGAGGCCAGAUAACCCAGACUGUGCAGAGACAGAGGUGGACCGGAACAAGUGCUGUACCUUGUGUAACAUGUUCUUCACCUCCGCCAUUGUGGCCCAGUCGCACUACCAGGGCAAAACCCACGCUAAGAGAGUCCGUCUGGUGCUGGGGGAGCCGCCCAACUUACCCACAGCCAUGACCAGCCCGACAAACACAGAGGAGAGAAGAGGAGAAGAGGAGAAGAGGGAUGAAGGGGGAGGAAAGAUGAGAGGAGAAGAUUUAGAUUCCUCCCCUUCCACCCCAGUUCCUGCAGACCCCGCUGCGUGCCCCCCUCCUCCCCCUGCCCUGCCCUGGCCUAUGGCGGUGGUCGGCGGAAACGGCGGAAGAGAGGCAGGGAAGUACUGCUGCCUGUGCGGAGCCUGGUUCAACAACCCGCUGAUGGCCCAGCAGCACUAUGAAGGCAAGAAACACCGCAGGAACGCAGCCAGGGCACGCCUCCUGGAGCAGCUAGCGGGCAGUCUGGAUGCCACGGAGAGCACAGGUUUGCGAAGCAGUUACUCCUGCAGUGUCUGCAGUGUGGUCCUCAACUCCAUCGAGCAGUACCAUGCACACCUCCAGGGCUCCAAGCACCAGAACAACCUGAAGCAGCACCAGCAGUAAGCCACAGAGACAGACCACUCUGGAAGGAAGAGGAGAUUAUUGGAAUAAACAACUUCAGAAAAGAGGACUUGUAUCAGAAACUGGAGAAUAUGAGAAAGUAGUGCAGAGUAACUUUAAUAUGUGUGCGCGUGGGUGUGUGUGUGUGUGUGUGUGUGAGUGUAGGAGUGUCAUGGGCAUCCAUGCACGCAUCUGCAGUAUGCAUGUGUGGGUCAUUGUGAGUGUGUUUAUUUCUAUAUUUGAUCUAAAAAUGUAUCUCUGAGAUUUAUUCAGCGCCUAAGUGUUUGAUAUGAGUUCGACACCAACAGCCGUCAGAAGACUUGCAGGUGCAUAUUGCCAUAUAACUCCUGUGUGAACCACAAUCCUAAAAUUGAACUGAUGUCAAUGUGUUGCCCAGAGUGGUAAUAACCAUUACAAUGAUCGUCAUAGAGCAGCAGUAAUAAUAACUCUGUAACUAGCCGUCCCCCAAGUGCUCUGACAGUGAUCCAAGUCUGAAGACAUUGGUCCGUUUCUACAUCCAUUUCAUAUACUGUAACACUGAUGGUGGCGAAUGCAUGGCUCACUUUCAGACCACUUGACACCUACUCAGGCCCAGACUUUCAAAUCCAAGGAUUAGAAAACUCCCAAACGACCUCAGCCAUUACAGAUUGCAUGAGUUUCCAUAACUUAAAAAAAAAAUAUAUAUAUAUUUUUGUUUAAACUCUUCUGUUGACUAUAAAUGUAGUGGAUUGGUAUGAAUCUUUUUCUCAUCUCUUCAUAUAUUCCAUAUAAUCAAAGUGUGGAGAUGUGGCAUGGUUACAGGACAGAAGGCGGUGGAGAAAAGCAGCACAAAGACUUUUAAACUCCUGCUCUGAAGUGAGGGUCUGUGCAACUUUGUGAAUCAUCUACUGCUGAAAACAUUCCCACAGCACUGAAUACUGAUGUCAGGUGCAGUCUGAAGGUGACAAAAAAAUCCUCUUCUCUGUUGAGAUGGGCGACAUGUAGAUAAUAUUUUUUUAUUUUUCUGUUGCUAUGACCAGAGGAAAAAAAACAAAAAAAAAACUUCCCAGUCCAUGUAGCAGCAAUGUACAAUACAACUGGGAUAUAAUUCAAUGCAUGCAAAAUGUAAAACGUUGCAUUCACUUGCCUUUUUGAAACCUAUUGCUUGCGCGUUUUGGCAAUAGCGCUGCUUUCUAGUGAUAGCUUCGUAAUGCAUUACUGCACAUGCUUGUACCUGAAAGAGGUCACCUUUUAGUACUGAACUGGCUUCUUUUCAACGUAUAAUUUAUUCAUCAAAAGAGGAAAACCUUUUUAUACCUAGAAAUUAGACCAGUCACCGCCGUAUAACACCCCUCUCGUCUGUAGUGUCUUCAGAGUGUCGGUAAAGUGAGUUUCAGCAAUGGUUUGUAGCAUCAUAGGAUGAGCAAAGAGAAGACACGCUCCACUUUUUCCUGUGCUGGCACUGAGAUCAGCCCUGAGCAGUAUUUCUCUGUAAGCUGGAGAAAGGACUGAAAAGCACAGCACUCAGUGCUUAGCUAUCCUCUGUUAGUUUCUGGUUCGUUCGAGCUGUUUUUUGUGUGCAAACACAUUAAAAAAAUAUAUUUUAUGCUUUGUUUAUUUCAUGGUGAAGAGAGUGAACCACAAAUGACCUGGUUAAAAAUUGGUUUUCUUCUGCAGACAUAUGGAUGAGCAAUGGUUUUAUGCAAUCACACUGUAAUAUUAACAACCAUACAAUGUGGGUUUGAAGUGAAAUAGUUUAACGAAGCAAAAAUUUAAAAAAAGAAGUGGUUUGUGUAAAUAAGUGAAGUUUGUGUUUGAAGAAGUACAAAAGUUUUGUAUUCGUAGUGUUUAUCUGCACUGAGCUACAGGGUGAUUUGAGAAAUACAUUUCUCAUGGAUAUUAUUGAUAAAUACAAAUAUACUGGCACUGAAAUGAGAAUAAACUGUCUGUCUUUUGGUGGGUUGUGUUCUUGAAUGGAUAACCAUGAGUGAAAAUUGUCGAGUCAGUGGAGACGGACCAAAAUCCAGCAGCGCAUGGAAGACAGUGAGUGAUCGUACUCACUAAGAGGGAUUUUGACAGCAGUUUUGGUGAGGACAACCCCUGACCGUCCCCUCAAGAGAAACAUCUGAAAUGUGACUGUUGUGUCAGUGGAUUUAAAACGACGACACGGGACUACAAACUGUUCUAUUUUAACGUGACAUCUGAAAUGACCAACCCUCUGUUGUCGGCAAUGCCAUUUGAAAAACACAAAAAAGUCAUUUGGCUGUUUGUUGUGCGUCAUGACUGUUUUGAUGACUAUUUACACUGACUCCUCUCUCUCUCUCUCCAGCACUUGUGUAUUCACAAUAGAAGCAGUGUUUGUGUGUGUCGACAUCACAGCGUGUGCAGGGGAUGACUGUGCCAUGAGUCACAUAUUUUAGCAGAUGUUACAUAAUAUAUGACAGAGAAGUAUCUAUGGGUAGGAAUUCUGUGAUAUGAUGCUUGCGGGUGGGUGUCUGUGUACGUGAAACUGUUAACCGCACUGGCAGUGGGAGACUCGCUGUGAACUGUGUACUGUGAGCACAUUUGUAAAACACACCUGAUGAUGAAUACAAUGAAGACGACAACUAUAUCUAUUUUCUCUUGCAAAAUCCAGACUUGUGUUUUUCAUUUCUGUUUGUUUGCACCACAGUGUAGACGUGUGAAGUUACUUUUACUGGAAGCAAUCAUCUGUUUUCACACAUGCAUAACCUUGAGUUUGUAGCAGCACCCACUCAAUAUUAAUUAAUCUCUGUUUCUUGUCGUCCGGAGUUCGAACAGACUUUUCCAGGUUGGAAAAAUUUGUCAUAAUCGUUUAAGUUUUGCUGUUUUUGAAUCGAACCCUGGCUGCUGGGGUAAGGACUCAGCCUUAGUGCCUGGUGUGUUGCUCUGCCAGGUUAGCUAUCAGGCUGCCCCCAACUUUCAUUUUUUAAUGACAAUGAAACAGCAUUCAAUUUUAUAAAACAACAAUAUCCAGAACUCUGUGUGGUGGACAGGUUUUCUUUUCACGCUUGGAACAAUGGCUACAUGCCGAGAUCAACAUCUUAUUCCCACUUUCCUACAACAGACAUAAAACAUUUCAAAACUGUGAACAGAGACACAGUGAAAGCAUGGUGACUUUUCAUGGUAACACCACACGAAGCAGAUGAUUCAUUUUUACCUCCCUGCUGCCAAUAACUUCUCCUGUAACAGCAGGUACAGCUCGCUUCACCUCAUGAAUCUCUUGUUUAUUAACCACAUCGCAAUUAUUCAGCUUCCAAAGAAACUACAAACACCCACAAACGCUGCCAUGACAUUCUGCCACAGCAAGGAUAGCAAUAUAGAUUAUUAAUGUGAUGGCUGAAGCAAUGAAACAGAAAAUACUGCAUUACAAGCUGCACCAGUGAUAUGAAAUGGUAUAUACUUAUAAUAUCUCCUUGACCCCAAUCUCGCACCUCGUUUGGAAGUGCUGUAAACGUUGUGUGAGUGGAUGAUAGCAGAUAGUGUGGAGCCAGACACUUUUCAGAAAGUUUUAGUAAAAUUGUAAUAGAUCAUCUUUGGUGAAACUAGACUGACAAUUCAGCACCGGCACAGAGAAGAGAUGUCUGUGUUGCCAGAUCUCAUGAGAAUGU